GGAUGCGAGGGAGAGGGAACGCCUGGCCCCCCCAUGGGCCGUGCACACGGGCGCCGCUCUUGGGAAAAGGGGCGCGGGUUGCGGCUGCCGAAAGAUGCAGCGUGUAGCAGUUUUCGUUUUACUUCGUGUCACUUCGUGAAACAGCUCAACCCCCGCAGAGCGAGUGCCUUUGGACCUGACGUGGCUUUUCCUUUUUAUGUUCUGUUUGAGAUUUCAAGAAUAUUAAACACUGGCUUGGAUAUGGAGACAUUGUCUAUCUGUGUGCGGCUUUGUGAACAAGGGAUAAAUCCAGAAGCCUUAUCUUCUGUUAUUAAAGAACUGCGGAAGGCUACAGAAGCUCUAAAGGCUGCUGAAAAUAUGACAGGCUGACAUGGGAGAAGAUCACUGCAUGAGAAGAAUGCCAAGUUUAACUUUUCAGGAGCUCUGAAGAUUGCCACUAUUAAGCACAAAAAAUGAAAUAAGUGUAUGUGAAGGUUUCAGAGUACAUCCACUUUUCAAAAGAGUGGUGUAUAUAAUAGCUUUGAAAAGUUUUUAAAAAGUUCACCAGUAAUAUUAUUGGUAUUUUUGUGAACUGUUUGUGAAUGUAGUGCAAUUGUUUUUCUUUGGCAUCCUGUACAUUUAAAAUCACACCAGAUAUUGUACAUUUGUUGAAUUUACUAGUGUGUACCAACGAAUCUUGUUAGAAUGAGUGUAGUUUUGUUAAUGCAUCCUUUAGAAGUGGUAGUAUGUUGCAGGUUUUACCUUAUGCUUUGAUGAAAAGCUACAUGUGCAAUUUUAGUCCUGCUUUAUGGUCCAGAUAGGAAUGAAGCCCAUAAUGACUUUUUUUUAGAGCAAGCACAAUAACUUAAGUCUCAAGCUGAAAGUAAUAAAUAAAGCUUUUUUUUAAUAAUGUA